CAUUCGACUUUUAAUCAAUGAAAGCGAACGGGGCGACCCACAAAAAGUAAAAUAAAAAAAAAGCAAAACAAAACAAAACUGAAACGAGGCAAAAAAUAAAACACGGAACGUUCUCGCGGAGAAUAGUACGUUCACAUAAUGAAUUUCAAUCCGUGCACUGUCCUUAAUAUAUAUCAUUUCGUUAUAGUGCUUUGUAUUAGGUACUAUCAUCGCGUCGUAGCCGUUGUCGCGAAAGACUAAUAAUAUUUCAUACGCGAUUAUUACGGUUAUUUAUAAAAUUUAUCGACGUGCGUAUAUUAUAUCCGGCUACUUUCAUCGUUUCUCAAACGGAAUAUUUCGUACGUAGUCGCGACUACUAAGGUGAGUACUCGAUCGGUAUUACAUUACCCACUGCUGUUUAUUAAUAAUAAUAAUAAUAAUAAUAAUAAGCUGGCGUCAUAUCGAACGCCGCUUUUGUGUACAGUUGAAAAUCGCGUCGUCACGUCGACGUCAUCCAUUUUGAUAUCGUAAUAUAUAUUAUAUUGUGUUUGGACGAUCGAACGACGCGCGCAGAAUCUCACCGUGUGAUUUUAUUGUGAUUUUCGCCGGCCGACCGUACCGCGUGCGAAAACCUUUAAUAGCGGCGGCGGCGGCAACGACGACGACGACGACGACGACGCGACAGGACGAGAUCAGUACUCAGCGGCGGCACUCUUUCACCGACAACACCCCGACAGACUGGCACCGCAUAUCAUGUCCUCCGCCCCCAGCUACGUGAAACAUUCCGUUCGGUAUUUUGGCGAACCAAUUAAAAUUUUCAAGUGUUUUGUGUAAUGGGAAAAUGAUGCUUGGAGGAUGGGGUCGAAGUCCUGGGAGCAGUGGAUCCGUCCCGCCGUCAGGACAACGUACCGGUCACCGACUAUUGCCAUUGCCAUUCAACAGAACUGGAGGCGGCAGUGGAAGCGGCGGAAGCGGUGGCAGAGCAGCCGAAGCUGAAGAUGUCAUGGGACAUUAUGGACGAACCAAGGGCGGUGUAAACAAAAUAAGAACUGGCUUAUAUUAUUCUCCACCAGGUACAUCUUAUACCAUACUCGAAAAGCCUCCAGCCGCCUCACCGCCACCUCCACCACCUAGAGCAACAUAUCUAAGGGAGUCGUCAGCUGGCGUAUCUGGACAAAAUCACCCAGGCACUGGUAGCAAUAGUAAUCGUUCUAAUAAUGCCGGUUCACGUGGAAGUUCUGGAAAAAAGAGGCCUAUUUCUCCGGAACAAGUUCUUAAAAUGUUUGCAGCACCCAAUUACAAUCCAUCUUCUUCGUAUCACGUGUCUAGCGCUAAACCACAAUCACCUCCACCUCAUGGUUCAAACACCUCUCAACCGCACAACAACACAUCAUCCACAAUACAUAAUGAUAAUCUUACAGUACGUACGAUAUCGAUGUCAAGGCCAAAUGCAACUUCAGGAAGCCCAUCCAAUCAAGGAUUUGGUAUUUGUGUUAAAGGCGGAGCAGAUGAAUCAAAUGUUGGGGUGUAUAUAUCACGGGUAGAAGAAGGAAGUAUAGCCGAGAGCGUUGGUCUUAAGCCUGGAGAUUCAAUUUUAGAAGUAAAUGGCAGGCCAUUUUCAACUAUAUCACAUGAAGAAGCAUUAAAAAUUUUUAAGUCAUAUCGGCAAAUUACAAUGACAGUAAAAUGUCCAUCACCACCUCAAUCAAUGCCUACCAUGCACAAAAAAGAUGACGACGAGAACACUAAUCAAGACGAUGCGUGGAGAUUGUCCAGAACGUAUUCAUGGAUUAAUCGUAAGGGUCAACCAGUGUCACCUCCUUUAGAAUAUGCCAAACCCAUUUCUCCAUACUCAAAAUGGUCCUAUACUCGAUCAUCCAAAGAUAAAAUAAGAAAAGUUGAAUUGGUGAUUGAACCUGGACAAAGUCUUGGUCUGAUGAUUAGGGGUGGAACUGAAUAUAAUUUAGGUAUUUUUAUCACUGGUAUCGAUAAAGAGUCAGUUGCAGAUCGAUCUGGACUUAUGAUUGGUGAUCAAAUUUUGGAAGUAAAUGGUCAAUCUUUUUUGAAUUUAUCACACGAUGAAGCAGUAAAUCAAUUAAAAUUUCAAAAGCAAAUGACACUUACCGUAAGAGACGUAGGUAAAGUUCCUCAUUCAUGCACAACAUACAAUCCAGAUACAAAUUGGAACCAUUCUAUGGACAAUGCAGACGGUGCUUUGAAGUUAGGGACAUCUGCUGCAUCUCAAAUGGUAGAGGAAAAAGCUCGAAUUUUGCUGACGAAAAAUGAAUUUAAUACUUUACGGUAUUAUUUGGACGAGUAUUCGUGUUCUCGAAUGUCUAUUGACGCAUUUAUAACUAUACUUUUCGAAUUGCUCAAUACAACUGAUAAGUUUACGCUGUUGACGGAAUUGCGCGAACUAAUAGGCCCCUCGGAUCGAGACCGUUUUGAUCAAUUGGUAUAUAGAAGAGGACGGGAAUCCAGAAAAACGCACUCCCGAAAACUUGAUGGUUUUAAUUCAAAUAUACCUGGAGGCCAAAGUAAAGGAUUUGAUUUUCCUAAUGAAAAUUCUGGGAUGGAUAUUGGGACUACCGAGUAUUCAAAUUCAAAUUAUAGGACUAGUAAUGAUAGAAAAUCUGAGGGAAAACAUUCUCCGAUGAAAACCGACGAACAAUCUCAUAGAGAUAUGGAAGUGGAAGAAUUUGAAUUUAGCCAUCAAGAUUAUGGUGACUUGGAAACUGAGCUUUUACCAAGAAAAUAUCAUAACGAUUUGAUUGAUGUUGGUUAUACGCAUCGAAAUUCAGGCAUUUAUGAUGAAUCUAAUAUGACUAGGUCAUCGAGUGGAUACUUGGAGGGACUGCGAUCCCACUUAGGGGGAUGGACCCAAAAAUUGAAAUCCUGGUACUAUGGAAGUUCUCUACAAUUAUCAAACAAACACGGGCGGUCAUACGAUGGUAAAAAUGAACUGCUGGAUGAGGAUGGAAGUUAUCGGAGAGAAAGUGGUUUUAUAGAGUCAUCAUGUUCAAAUAAUAUACAAAACGAAUCUCAGAUAAUGUUGGAUCAACAAGGCAAUCUUCGUAUAAUUGUUAAAAAAAUUAAACCAUUACUCGGGAUUGCGAUUGAAGGGGGAAUCAAUACAAAACAUCUACUUCCAAGGAUAAUAAACAUACACGAAAAUGGCGCUGCAUACGAAGCAGGAGGUCUUGAAGUUGGACAGUUGAUCUUAGAAGUCGACGGCCAAAAAGUUGAAGGAAUGCCUCAUCAAGAAGUAGCCAGGCUAAUCGCAGAAUCUUUUGCACAAACUGAUAAAUCCGAAAUCGAGUUCCUUGUAGUUGAAGCAAAGAAAUCGAAUUUGGAACCGAAACCUACCGCACUGAUAUUUUUGGAAAGUUAACCGGUUGAAAAAACGCGAAUGAUGAUAUUAUAAAUUCCUGUUUAUUAAGUACAGCGAUGAACCCCAAUAACGUGACGACCAUUAAUAAACUAGUUGGAAACACGCAAAAUGUUUGUUUAAAUACAUUUAUUUAUUUGAUUAUUAAUUAUAUUUAUCUACUAUAUAAAUUACAAGAUGACAUGUUAUUGAUUCAAUUUAAAAAAUAACAUUUCAUAUUUAAGUAUUUUUAUCGAAUAAUAUUAUUAUUUUCAAUAAUUCUCAUUAUUAUUCUUUAAUAAUUCAUUCUCUAAAUCAAUUUCAUUACGAAUAUCUAAUUUUAUUUUAUUGUACUCUUGUUCAAAUUGAUAUUCAGUAAUAAGAUAUAAUUAUAUUACGUCAUAUUAUUAUUAUUAUUAUUAUUAUUAUUAUAUGUUAUCUAAUAAUAUAUCAUGAAAUAUAGGCAAUUGAUAGUGAAGUACAAUUAAUUUUCGAAUAACCGGCCUAUUAAAUAAUAAUAAUAUAUACAUAGGUGUUAUGUAUAGAUACCAUACGACAUAAUAUUAUAUUAUAUUAAAUAGUAGGUAGGUACCAAUACCUACAUAAUAUUAUGUACUAACAUAAUUCAUACAUAAUAAUAUAUAAUAUGGCCUAAUAAAAUGUAAAGGCCACACUACAACUGUUAGACUUUGACACUUUGUAUACAAUUCUAAAAUAUAAUAGUACUUUUUAAUAUUAUAUUUUAGUUCACAGUUUGAAGUACCCUCGGUUUCCGAUUGGGUGUAAAAACGGAUUGGCCUAUAUAAUUAAUUUAUCUGUUAUACGAGAGAACUAUAUAGUAUAAUAUACAACAUACAUAUUAUAACAUAUUAUAUGUUAUAUGUAAAGUAGUGGUCGGUAUAGAUAGCAGUAAUAAUAAUAAUAAUAACAACUGAGGCCCUGUCUUUGAUAUCCUAAAAAACCUAUAAAAGAUAUUUUUUUCAAAAACCUUGUUUUGCAAUGACAUCAAACUGUGGAAGGAUAAAAGUUUUCGAAAUAAUGAGUGCAGACACUUAAAUCCUCCCCCGAACAGCAUAAUGCUCUUUGAGAGAAAACAUCAUCCCUCAUAUUCGAUUAUAAUAUACCUAUAAUACAAAUGUCAUAUUAUAUCUCUUAUAAUAAAGUCAUAACUCUUAGGUAUAUAUUUUAUAAUAUGUAUGUGCACAUCCCCGAUUCCCCUGUUAUUCUAAGCCAUUUGUCCACUUCGACUACUGACCACGGGUACCUAUGUUUAUAUAUUUUAUACUUCCUUUAUACAAUAUAAUGACAAUGACGGUAUAUGCUAUAAUAAUAUAACUUUGGCAAGUGAUUUUCCUCUGCGAACAUAACCGUCACCUAUAUAUAUUAAUAUAUUAUAUAUAUAUAAUAUUUUACAUUAUUAAAAGGUACGCCUUUAUAUACGUUCGAAUUCCAUUCUGAUUAUUUUCAUCACUUUUAAAAUUUAAUUACGUAUAGUAUUAUUAUUAUUAUUAUUAUGAUUAUUAAAUAGUUACAUAGUGACACUAUAUAUUAUAAUAUGUAUGUGUCAUGUAGAUAUUUAUUGCGUUCGAUCGCGUAUUUAAUAUUUCUAUCUCUCUCUCUCUCUCUCUCUUUCUCAAUUUAUUUUUUUUAAAUUAAACUAGAAUGAAUAGACGAUAUACAUAGUCAUGAUCAUACGCUGUUGUUUUUCAUUAUCGAUUUCAGGUUUUAUUCGGUACUUACGCGUAUCGCAUAUUAGUGAACUAUCCGUAAUUUUAAUAAUUUGGUGCUGUGUUAUUGUGCCACCUGGGGGAAGAUUUUAUGGUGCCACUCUUUAUUAUUAAUUUAUCUAUAUCUAUACGGCAAAACAAUCGAGUAAUAACAAUCACACUGUUACAAAUGUAUUUAUAUUCAUAGAGUCACAUUUUUAACUUGAGAAUAGUAAGUUGACAAUGAAACAAUAUGUAUAUUUAUAAAAAUUAUUAGUAUAACGCGCACUAUGUGUAUAACAAAUAUUAUAGAAUUUGAAAAUAUUUUUUUUUUAGGAAUUCUGCUGAUUUCUAAUAAUUUUGAAGAACAUAAGAAAGUAUUACUAAAAAAACACCUUUCGACAAUUUUUCCUCUCACAAAACUUGGUCACACCAAGAAACUUCGUCCUAUCCCAAAACACGGCACCGUAGUUACCGUUCGUCACAGUUCAAUUAAAUUCAAGACUUAACUGCGAGUGUUGGUAUUUCAUUCUCAAACUAAAUAGGGAUGAUUAAGAGCUCUGGGAACUUGGCUGAUGUAUUACAGGCGUAUAAUUAUUAUACUACACACCUACAUACUGCAGCAGUAGGUAUAAUAUUAGCUACAUAUUAUAAUAGGCUUCGCCCGUUACAUUAUUCUAGCUAAUCGAUAAAAAAAAAUUGAUGAUAAUAAAUACUAGCCAUACUUAGACCACCUAGCUAUAUAUAUUAUAGUAUUAUUCAUUAUGGUAUGCCGUAAAACGUUAACGACCGCAAUAUUAUAUUAUUAAAAUAUAUAUAUUAUAUAUAUAUAUAGAACUCGACUCGAUAUUUUAUUUUAGAUACAUAACUAUUGUUUUUAUUUGUACAAAUUAAUUAAUACAUAUUUGUUGUUUGUUGGACAUAUUAUAUUAUACACGUGUAUAUAAAUAUAUAUAUAUAUUUAUUUAUACAGUAUUAUACUGAGUGUCCCACAAUGUUCUUGGUAUUUUCAAGUGACGGACUGUGUAGCUGGUACAUCUAGGACCACCUGUUAAAUACUUAAAUAUAUGUAUAUAUUAUACACACACACACAUACGCACAUGUAUAUAUAUAUAUACAUACGUGUGUGUAUGUAUAUGAUAGGUAUAUUAUAUAUUUAUAUAUUGACACAAAAUGUGUAUUUUAAUUUACGAUGACAAGUAAUAUUUGAGCCUGUAUUUUUGGUACGUUGUAUAACACGCACUAUACAUUAUUAUGUUGCAUGUUUACUAUUUGUAGUCGUAAUUAAAUUGUUACUAAAAAAUAUAUUAAUAAUUACUGAAAAAUGUAGUAUUUUUUUAAAAUUAUAUAUUAUUAUAAUAUUAUAUGUAUUAUCA